UGGCAGUAUGCGCGUGUGCGUUCUAAAGGAUUGACGUGUUUUACGUAUCGCGAGGCCUAAAAAUGUCAUCGAAAAAGUGUAAAAACGACGUGGACUCUUUUUGCUAUGUUUGCGGUGAAUUCAUUAAAGUGAGAGUCAAAAAGUUUAGUUUAUUGUCAAAUAAGACACUUUGUGAAGCCUACGAAGCUUAUUUUAACUUGCCCGUACGAAGUCAAGAUAAAAUAUGGGCACCUAACUUCUCGUGUAAUAAUUGCAAAACCACUUUAGAAGCAUGGUACCGAGGAGAAAAAAGGAAGAUGAAGUUUGCAGUACCAAGAUUAUGGAGAGAGCCUACCGAUCACAUCCAUGAUUGUUAUUUUUGUGUUGUUAAUCCACGUAAGCGUCGCACUGGCAAAAAUGCUAAGAAGAUCCAAUAUCCAAAUCUACCAUCAACGUCUGCUCCAGUACCACAUAGUGAAAAUUUUCCAGUCCCAUCUAGUCCACAAGAGAGGCUACCGGUUUCACAGUUUUCGAGUAAUAGCGAAUACAGCGAGUUGGUGAUCGCGUCACCGUCUGUUGAGCCACAUUUCAUUAAUGCAGAAGAGUUUAAUGACUUAGUAAGAGAUUUAAACCUACCUAAACUUAAAGCAGAAAUAUUAGCUUCACGGCUAAAACAGUGGAAUUUGCUCAAGGAAAAUGUUAAAAUAAGUGACCAAAGAAAGCGCCAUGAAAUAUUUGCUGGAUUUUUCACGAAGGAAGACGGACUUUGUUACUGCAAUGAUGUGAAAGGUUUGUUUGAUGCAAUAGGAAUCCCUUGCAUUUCUUCUGAAUGGCGUCUUUUCAUCGACAGAUCUACAAGAAGCUUGAAAGCAGUACUUCUCCAUAAUGGAAAUAAAUUUCCAUCACUUCCUCUGGCUCAUUCUGUAAUGCUCAAAGAAAAUUACGAGAGCGUUAAGAUGUUUCUCCAACGUUUAAAAUAUGAACAGUAUGCCUGGCCCGUGAUAGGGGAUUUCAAAAUGGUUGGUUUUCUGGUAGGAAUGCAAGGGGGAUACACUAAAUAUCCGUGUUACCUUUGCUUAUGGGAUAGUAGAGCCGAUGCACUUCACUACCAGCAGCACUCAUGGCCUCAACGGAGCGAGUUUCAAAUCGGACAACAUAAUAUCAAAAAUAAACCAAUUGUAGAGCCGGACCGUGUUUUAAUGCCUCCACUGCAUAUAAAAUUAGGUCUCAUGAAGCAGUUCGUAAAGGCACUUCGUCAAGACUCUGAGGCCUUUCAAUAUUUAAAAUCAUUUUUUCCAAAACUGUCAGAGGCUAAAAUUAAGGCUGGCAUUUUCGUCGGUCCACAAAUAAAGAAAAUAAUGGCAAGUGAAACAUUUCUACAGCUCCUGAAUACUCAUGAAAAACAAGCGUGGCUUAGCCUUAAGGCAGUCAUCCAUGGGUUCCUUGGUAACAAGAAGGAUGAGAAUUACAAAGAGCUUAUUUCUAAUAUGAUUGACAGCUUCGAAAUCAUGGGUUGCAGAAUGUCACUCAAAGUACACAUGCUACAUGCGCACUUGGAUAAAUUCAAAAAUAACUUGGGUGAAUAUUCAGAAGAGCAAGGGGAACGCUUCCACCAGGAUAUAAUGAACUUUGAACAACGAUAUCAAGGACAAUAUAAUGAGAACAUGAUGGGUGAUUACAUUUGGAGGCUCAUACGAGAAAGUUCGGAAUUUUACACAAGAAAAACCAAAUGUAUUCAUUUUUAAAGCUUUUUUUGUAUUCAUUUCUUGUAUUUUUAUGUUAAUUUAGACCGUAUUUUAUAAUUAAAAUCAAUAAAAAUAUAU